UACUAACCUGUAGUUGACUUUAACACCGUUGCCACCGAGUUCUGCAACUUCUACUACCAGCAAUUUGACCAGGACAGAAACCAGUUGGGCAACUUGUACAGAGACCAGUCCAUGUUGACCUUCGAAACUUCCCAGCUCCAAGGUGCUAAGGACAUUGUCGAGAAGUUGGUGUCUUUGCCUUUCCAAAAAGUGGCCCACAGAAUCUCCACCUUGGACGCCCAGCCUGCCUCCCCUAACGGCGACAUCUUGGCCAUGGUUACCGGUGAGUUGUUGAUCGAUGAGGAGCAAAAUGCUCAGCGUUACUCGCAGGUCUUCCACUUGAUCCCAGACGGAAACUCUUACUACGUGUUCAACGAUAUCUUCAGAUUGAACUACUCCUAAACGGCUUGGCCUAGAAGGACUUUGUAUAUUGCUAUAUACUUCUCAUUUAUCUCAAUGUGUAGCUCUUGACGCAGAUCUCCAACCAGAAUCUGUAUCCACUAAAAAACAAGCCUCGGUUCAUCUGUUUGUGGACAAUAUCUGUCGCUUGGAUCUCGCAAA